AUGGGUCGCAAGGAAGAGGACGACAGCAGCUCCUGGAAGAAGCAGACGAGCAACAUCCGAAAAACAUUCAUUUUCAUGGAGGCCCUGGGAUCAGGUGCCUUUUCGGAAGUUUUCCUAGUGAAGCAAAGAAGCACUGGCAAGCUCUUUGCUCUGAAAUGCAUCAAGAAGUCUCCUCUCACAAGGGAUAGCAGCUUGGAGAAUGAAAUAGCAGUGCUGAAAAAAAUAAAGCACGAAAACAUCGUGACUUUAGAGGACAUUUAUGAAAGCACAACCCACUUCUACCUGGUCAUGCAGCUGGUAUCUGGGGGAGAGCUCUUCGACCGAAUUUUGGAACGAGGCGUUUACACCGAGAAAGAUGCGAGUGUGGUGAUCCACCAGGUCCUGACCGCAGUGAAGUACCUCCACGAAAACGGGAUCGUUCACCGUGACCUGAAGCCUGAAAACCUUCUUUACCUUACUCCCGAAGAGAACUCCAAAAUCAUGAUCACGGACUUCGGCUUGUCCAAAAUGGAACAGAACGGCAUCAUGUCCACUGCCUGUGGGACUCCGGGAUACGUCGCCCCUGAAGUCCUCGCCCAGAAACCGUACAGCAAAGCCGUGGACUGCUGGUCCAUUGGAGUCAUCACCUAUAUCUUGCUGUGCGGGUACCCCCCUUUCUAUGAAGAGACUGAAACCAAACUGUUUGAAAAGAUUAAGGAAGGCUACUACGAGUUCGAGUCUCCGUUUUGGGAUGACAUCUCCGAGUCAGCCAAGGAUUUCAUCAGACAUUUACUGGAGAAGAACCCGAGCGUGAGGUUUACCUGCGAAGAAGCCCUGCGGCACCCGUGGAUUAAUGGAAAUACAGCCCUUCACCGUGACAUAUACCCAUCUGUCAGCGCUCAGAUUCAGAAAAACUUUGCAAAGAGCAAAUGGAGG